AUACUUGCAAUCCAUACAGUAUCAGUGGAGGUAGAGAUGGCCUCGUAUGAAAGGAGAAAGGUGACUUUGAAGAGCUCGGACGGCGAAGAAUUCUUGGUAGAAGAAGCCGUGGCAAUGGAGUCUCGGAUGAUCCGUUACAUGAUUUGGGAUGGACUAGCAGGUGACGUGAUUGAACUCCCUGGCGUGAAGGGUAAGUUUCUAUCUAUGAUUAUUGAUUUUUGCAAGAAACGCGUUGCAUGGGCUGCUGGCGGCGAUGGGACUUUGGAAGGCUUGAAAUCUGAUUUUGUGAAGGUUGAUUUGGGCACACUGAUCCAUCUUAGUGCAGCAAGCUUUUGUCUGAAAACAAAUGAUUUGGUUGAUUUGACCUCUCAAACUUUAGCAAAUCGGAUUCAGGGGAAGACAAUUGAUGAGAUUUGCAGGGCCUUGAACCCUGAAGAAUAAAAGGAGAUUCAGAUGGAGAAUUCGUGGACAUUUGAGUGAAAUGAUGGUGGUGCUCUCUCUCUCUAUGAGUCUCUUGAGUUUUCUAUUUUAUUUGAUCAUGUUGAGUCUAGUGUGUUCUCUAUACUUAUUUGAAAGUGAUGAUUGUCUUUUAUUUCAUGUUGCAAGUUUAGGGUAAGAAAGUUGAAAUAACAUAAGAUAUGUAU